GCAGCUGACAGAGGCCACAGGCAGAUGGGAGCCGAGCCAUCAGAGAUGACCGCAGUAGAUCUAACUGUUCCUGUGAAGACUUGGCAUGACCACCUUCCAUGCAGGGACCCGGGCACUACCAUAACCGCAUCCUGGAGUGAUAGAGCGGGGAUUACUGAGAGGACUAAGAUGGAGUUGGGCAAUGAUCCAGAAUGAAAGCAGAAAUGAAGAGAUUGAGGCUGUGCAAAAGAUGCAGACCCCCUGACUAAAGGAUUCUCCAUUCUGCCUUUUUGAGGUACCGCCGACAUUAUGAUCACUGUAACGGAACUCAAAAUUUUGGCAGAUGCCCAAGCAUCUUAUCAUAUUUUGAAGCCAUGGUGGGACGUGUUUUGGUAUUACAUCACGAUGGUGAUGUUGAUGAUUGCUGUUCUGGCAGGUGCUCUGCAGCUCACACAAAGCAGAAUGCUCUGCCUUCCUUGUAAGGUGGAAGUGGGCAAUCACUGUGCACAUCCUCUGGAUCAAGUCAGUACAAAGAUAAAUUUGUCAGCCAGCCCCUUGGGAAAAACAAAUCCCUCAAGAGGAAUCCAGAACGAUUUGCACCGCCAACAGUAUGCCUACAUUGAUGCAGUUUGCUAUGAAAAACAGCUGCACUGGUUUACAAAGUUCUUUCCCUAUCUAGUGUUUCUUCAUACUAUAAUAUUUGGUGUGUGCAGCAACUUCUGGCUCCAUUACCCAAGCACAAGUUCGAGACUGGAGCACUUUGUUGCGAUUCUGUAUAAAUGCUUUGAUUCUCCUUGGACGACACGAGCUUUGUCAGAGACGGUUGCUGAACAGACCAUGAGAAACUGGACAAACAAACCAUCACGACGCUUGACUAGUGAAGACACGGAUGCAAGGAGGCAAUCCGUACAACAUGGGGUUGAGAGCACUGCAGUGGAGGAUGAUGCUUCAAGUGUCCUGGACAGGAAAGAAGGAGAACAGGCAAAAGCUCUGUUUGAAAAAGUCCGCAAGUUCCGUCUUCACGUUGAGCAGAAGGACAUCAUUUAUAGACUGUAUCUGAAGCAGAUCAUUGUUAAAGUCAUUGCUCUUCUCGUGAUCAUUACAUAUGUGUCUUACUUUUUGAUGCACAUAACAUUUGAAGUUGACUGUAAAGUUGACAUUGAAGCAUUCACAGGGUACAAGAGAUACCAGUGUGUCUAUUCUCUUGCUGCAAUUUUCAAGCUUUUGGCUACGUUUUAUGUUUUACUUGUAUUUUUGUAUGGGUUUGCUUGUUUUUAUAGUCUGUGGUGGAUGUUGAGAAGCUCUCUGAAACAGUAUUCAUUCGAAGCCGUUAGAGAAAAGAGUCAAUACAGUGACAUCCCCGAUGUCCAAAAUGACUUUGCCUUUAUCCUUCACUUAGCAGACCAGUAUGAUCCGUUGUACUCCAAGCGUUUCUCAAUAUUUUUGUCUGAAGUCAGCGAGAACAGAUUAAAACAGAUUAAUCUCAACAACGAGUGGACAGUGGAAAUGCUGCGCCAAAAAUUGACCCGAAAUGCCAAGGAUCAAGUAGAGCUUCAACUUUUCAUGCUUAGUGGGGUGCCUGAUAAUGUCUUUGAACUGAAUGAGAUUGAAGUCAUGAAGCUGGAACUGAUACCAGAUGCCAAGAUCACCCCAAUGAUAACACAGCUGGUCAACCUCAAGGAACUCCAUAUUUACCACUCAACACUUACUGUGGACCUCCAAGCUCUGAGCUUUCUCGCUGAUAACCUUCAAACUCUAUAUCUGAAAUUUACUUCAGUUGAAAAGAUUCCUUCUUGGAUUUUCCUCUUGAAGAACUUGAAGGAGUUGUACUUAGCAGGAUGUAUCGACAACUACAGUUUUGCACACAUUGAGGGCCUUCAGGACUUGAAGAACCUGACAACCCUUUACUUGAAGACCAGCAUUCCUCGAAUUCCACCUGUGGUUAUGGACAUGUUACCAUUUCUUCAGAAACUAAGCAUUAAUAAUGAAGGAAAUAGGCUCUUAAUCCUAAUUAGUUUGAAGAAGAUGAUCAAUCUUACCAGCCUAGAAUUGAUCAACUGUGACCUCGAACGAAUUCCACAUUCCAUUUUUAGUCUGACGGAACUGAGAGAGAUUGACUUUAAAGGAAAUAAUUUUAAAACUGUUGAAGAAAUUAUUAGUUUUCAGCAUCUGCCCAAACUGACCUGCUUGAAACUGUGGCACAACGCCAUUGCAUACAUACCACUACAGAUUGGAGCUUUAGCCAACCUAGAGCAGCUCUAUCUCAACAAUAACAAUAUAGAAAUUAUGCCACUACAACUAUUUCUGUGCAACAAGCUGCGGGUUUUGGACCUCAGUCAUAACAAUUUAAAUUUCAUCCCGGACGAGAUUCAGCUUUUGAAAAAUCUUCAGUAUUUUGCUGUGACUAACAAUAGUAUUGAGAUGUUGCCAGACGGGCUGUUUAAAUGCAGCAAGCUGCAGUGUUUGCUCCUGGGAAAGAACAGCCUGAGCAGCCUGUCAGCGCACGUGGGUGAUCUGAUGAACCUCAUUAAGAUCGAGUUGGUUGGGAACCAAAUUGAAUCUCUUCCUCCCGAGCUCGAGUCCUGUCACUCCCUAAAACCAAGCUGUAUUAUUGUGGAGAGCAAUGUGCUGAAUACCCUGCCCUCAUAUGCAAAGGAUAGCCACAAGUCCACGCACAGAUAGGAGACCCGCCACGACUUCUACUUCAUUUUUCAUUGCAGCUUUUGUGAGCCGGUUGUACCGGUCUGGUUUACUUUCUAAAGCUUCCAGGGCAGCCCUUUGACUUCACGAGACAGUUCUUCUAAGACUGAAGCAGAUUCUUGCAAUGUGAAUACUGUACAUUUUGCAUAUACGAAGGCAGGUUCCUAACAGCCUGCAGAUUAUUAUUAUUAUUAGUUUGCAUUAUUUAUGCAAUCCUUUACUGUUUUUUCUUUGUAUUUGGAGCCAAUUUUUAGGAUCUGCCACACAAAAAAAGCUAAGAUAUCCCAUUCUCUUUUUAGUGUUCAUUUUCUGUAUAUUAUAGCACAAAACAAUAAAAAUGUUAGCACUGUUUAUAAAAAAUUAAUAAAAAUAAUGCCCCAUAGAUGGUGCGGUAGUGCGCAUGCGUGACUACCGCUCCAUUCAAACUCCUCCUCACUGCAGUAAGGAGGAACCCCGGGGCUAAGGACCAACAUUCUAGUGAUCAUUGUGUCCCAGGGAUCAUAUAUUCCUGUGGACAGAUGAUAAAUAUUCUUAAUGGGACAUCCCCCUUUAAGGGACCAAAUAGUGUCCGUUUAUGUCACAAGUGCUGGGAUCUUUGAGAGACCCCGGCCGUGGCUAGAGGCAUGGCAGCAUCAUAAAGACUGUGCUAAACUACUGUGAUAGUAAAAGCUGUGCGGUAAACCUGCAUAUUAGGAAUGUGUAAAGAUUUUACAUUGAUGAGCAUCUUGGACAAAACCGGGGACAAAGCUGUGGAUGCUAUUGAUUCCAUGGGCUCUUGUUCCCAUGGAUUAGAAAAUACUGCAGCAAUGGCAUGUGUGGGGGCAUUAAAGGUUUUGGACAACCCCUUUAAAGGGAUUCUCCGGUGCCAGCAGCCUGCCCCACUAAACGGAAUGCAUACUUACCUGCUCACCGCUGCCUCAGGCGUCUCCAUCUUCCAGUCCAUGCACAGUUUUUUUGUUUUUUUUGUUUGUUUUUCCACCGCUUCAUGGGCAUGGUCACAAUCAGCACGUCGCCUCUGAAGCCAGUCAUUGGCUGCAGCAGAUAACAGUGCAGGGA